GGUCUGCUUGAACUUCACGGAUGCACGCAUCCUUUAUGGCUUGCUUUAAACUAGGCAGCGAAGUCAUGGCUCAAUUUCAAUUUAACUACACACUUUUUGUGCUCUGGCAGUGAACUGCUACCAUGACAGACUUCGAUGAGGAGGAAGAUCUUCCCUUACGCGUGGAAGGAUGGCUGAAUGUUUGGAGUGUGGAGGAGACAGAGGAGAAGGAAUCGUUUGCAGACGGCCAUGUUCCUACAAUCACAUGGGAUCCAUGUUUUUGUGUGCUGCUCGAAGACAUGGGCAAACUGACUUUCCAUGGCAGUGAGGAGAUCGCAGAAGAGCGCGUGUGCUACAAGCAGCGGCGGCGGUUACGCUUGGAUGGAGGGAAGGAGGAGUUUGACAAGCGAUGGGGCUACGAGACGCUGCAGAGCAUCAGGGAGAACGCCCUCCAGCACUCGCGCUGCCAUGACAGGGACGCCGACACGCACAGCAUCGCGUCAGCGGAGAGUUUCUUCAAGACAAGGACCUUGCAGGUUCGCAAUGAGAGCUUACCGGACCUUAGUCGCCCUUUUGACGACGAAUCCGCCAGGGGACAACUCUUCAUUCGCAAACCAUUCCUUAACUCCUCGCUGGAAAAGGUGACAUCCAGCCCCGUGGGAGAGCGGCGGGGCAGCCUGCCGUUGGUGGGAGCAGCAGACGAUGACAACAUCAUGGAGAGCUCUACCUCCUCCACCACCUCGCGUCUGGCGAGCUUUUUCUCCCGGAAGGGCUUCAUGAGUAACCUCAAGCGGACUAAGAGUGUCACCAAGCUGGACAGAAAGAGGUCAGGGUCACACGUCUCCGAGAAUGACACCAGCUCGCUGGUGGGCUCGUUGAAGCGAUCAAUGAGUCUGGGGCGGCUACAUCGCAAACGUAACAAAGUCCCUCAGAGUGAACACCACUCCUUUCCAUGUCAGUGUGUCGCCCCUACAGCAGAAAACUACCGUACAUGGUCUUUGAUCAGCUCACGGAUUCGAACAUCACGUUCCCAUGAAUCUCUGCUGUCAAACCCGUGCGCUAUGCAAGCUGUGGACUUGACCAGUCGUGAGGCGGAGGUGAAGGCUGUGCACCCCAGCGUUCUGAGCCAGGACCAUUGCUUCCACGUGAACACAACCCAUGGUAGCAAGUACAUCUCUUGUCGCACCGCUGAGGAAUGUGACAAGUGGCUGUCCAGCCUGCGACGUACUAUUCGACCCAACCAGGAGCAAGUACGAAGAACUGACAGUUCAUUACGACUGUGGAUUGUUGAGGCAAAAAAUGUACAGCCUAAGAAACGGUAUUUCUGUGAAAUUCUGUUGGACCGAAAGUUGUAUGCAAGAACAUCUAGCAAACUCAUGGCAGACAUGCUUUUCUGGGGGGAGCACUUUGAGUUCAGGGACUUGCCAACAGUUGAAACCAUCACUGUCAACAUGUACAGAGAAGCUGAUAAAAAGAAAAAGAAAGACAAAAAUGUGCUAGUGUGCUACAUUAGCAUGGCUGUUACUGACAUCUCCAACAGACAGUUUGUGGAAAAGUGGUUUAGUGCAAACUCUGGAACCGUAGGAAAGGCAGGGAAAGAGACAAAGAGUGAUCUGCCGCUGAUUCGUAUGAAGGUUCGACACCAGACUGUGAAUAUCUUGCCGCUGGAUCUGUACCAAGAUUUCAUAAAGUACUUGAAGUCAGAAUACCAGAUCCUGUGUGAGCUUUUGGAGCCUUUGAUGUCUGUUCGAGAGAAGGAGGAUUUUGCCACAACCCUCGUGCAUGCCAUGCAGCGGCUGGACUGUGCUAAAGCCUUUCUUUGCCAGAUCGUCAUGUCAGAGAUUGGCCGCCUUGACAAUGAACAUCUGACGUUCCGUGGAAACAGCAUAGCCACCAAGGCCAUGGAGGCAUACAUGAAACUUGUUGGAGAACGAUACCUGCAUGACACUUUGGGUGAAUUUGUUCGCACCAUUGUUGAAUCAGAAGACGACUGUGAAGUCGACCCUACUAAGGUGGCCACCAUCACCACACUACAGUGUCAACAGAACAAUCUGGUGAUGUACUCCAACAUGGCCUGGGUCAAGAUCAUCAACUCCUACUGCUACUUUCCCAAUGAACUGCGAGAAGUGUUUGCAAGUUUCCGCGAACACUGCCGACAACAUGGGAAAGAAGACUUCAGCGACAAUCUUAUUAGUGCCUCCAUCUUUCUGCGCUUCCUGUGCCCAGCCAUUUUGUCCCCCAGUCUUUUAACCUUACACAGGGUGAAAUACCCUCAAGAGCGGCCUGCACGAAAUCUUACGCUUAUUGCCAAAACAAUUCAGACACUGGCCAACUUUACCAAGUUUGGUGGAAAAGAAGAGUUCAUGACCUUCAUGAAUCAAUUCAUUGAGACGGAAGAAACCAGCAUGAAAACCUUCCUCCGCAAGAUAUCGAGUGUGGAAACAGGAAACCAGUUUCUGCAGUUUGAUGGCUACAUUGACUUGGGGCGAGAGCUGUCCUUGUUACACAUCAUGAUCUCAGACAGCUUGGAGCGAGCACCAGAGGCCUCUAUGCAGAAGCUGUGUCAGCUGUCCACAGUGCUGACCACGCUGUCCGAGGCACUGCAAGAUCCAUCUGUGGGCCAGAGCCACCCCAAUCGCAAGAGUCAGAUUUUCUAUGACAACAUGCCUCAUGGCCAGACAACCAUUCACUCCAGUACUGUCCACGCAGUCCAUACAAUUCAUUCUGCUCACAGCUCUAGCAGGACAAGCAGCAGUAUUCAGGGAAGUCAUGUGACCGGCUACUCAGACACUUCCCCCACUGAAGCUCUGCGAGACAUGUUGCGGCAGUGUGGGGAGUCUGAAGAAGAUCUUCAUGCCUUUGCCUCACGUGCUGUUCUUCGGGAAACAGAAUCAGCGCCACCUAGUAUUCAGACAGGAGAUGACGAUGAAUUUUCUGCCUUGUACUCCUCAGCAUCCAUGACAUCGUCAAUGAGCUCAUCCACCUGUGGAGCCAGCAUGGGACAGAAUGAUCGGAGUGUGGGACAGAAUGACCGCAGUGAGGUUUCAAAUGUCUCAGUCAGUUCCCAGCAGCUUGUUAACCAUGAAAAUGUGAGUGAGUCAUGGACUCAGAUAGUGAGUGCUGCUGACAGUAUCAAUGGUGAUUACAUUGACCUAAUACCAUUCAUGGACGAGGAAAGUCAGAAUUCUUCCAUUGAACUGGAGGGUCCAGUAAAUAAUGGUUCUCAGAUCUCUAUAAGUCAGUUGUCCACAGUGGCCUCUUCUGGAUAUCAGUCUUUUGGUUACAGUCAGAGCAACAGUCCAGUGGAUGGCAAUGGACAGCCUGAGAUUACGCGGGAAGUGACCAAAUCACCUGUCAUACACUACCCACUGCAACCCCUCUCCUUUUCUAACCCACUGUAUCGCCAUCAGCAGCUUGCCCAGCACCACACAUCACCUAUGCGCCUGCAUCACCACCACCAUGCCCAGCCUCUACCACAGGCCACUCUGAUGACCAUUCGAACAAGAGAAGACAGUUCAAGCUCCAACUCCAGUGGAGACGAAGCUAGCACAGUUAAACACUACAGCCCUGUCAAGCUAGACAGGACAAAGUCUGGGUCAUCUGUUGAUCAGCUCAGAAAACUGUCACAACUCUCAAGCUCCAGUGGCAGUAGUGAGUCCUUAAAUGAACGCAGCUCUUCACAGCAGGACAAGGUGGCUUCGUCUGGCAGCAGCAACAGUGUCAGUGGUGCAAACGAAGGUCCAACCAUCGUUCGCUUUGCUCUUGGGCCCCCAGGAAACAGUCCUGCACGCACUCACAGCAGCCAACGGUCAGAGCACGGAGAUUCCAGCAACACAUUAGACACUGCCCCUGAGAUUCCUCCUCGACCAGAUCGUUUGCUGAUGCGAACCAAUGUUCUUGCUGGAGAUGGGGAUUCUGGGAUACCACCUGUUCCUCCUCCGCGAGCAGAGCGAGCCAGCCUUAACUACGAUGCUUUGCCAAGCGAACAGCGUAAUCUGGGCAUGCGGCCAUAUCAGUUGUCACACAGCAUGGACUUUGGCUGUCUUCAGCACCAGCAUGCGGAGCAGCUGCGUCGCACAGCCACAGACUCUGUCAUUGCCAAGACAAGUACUCCUGUGCAUUCAGGCUCUGGCACUUUAGGAUCAGCUCGGCCCUUCUCACGGGAGGACAGUUUCUCCAGUGUCCAAAUAACUCAGAGUCAGGGAUCACUGAACAGCCGACGUUUGUCUCCACAGAGUGCAGUGCACAUGGGGAUCAGCUCCGUACAGCGAAAAUUGCAAGAACAGGAGCGCACUAAACAAGAGUAUGAAAGUGAAGUACACACGCUACGUCAGCAGCUGGUGGAGGCACAGCUGCGGCUGCAGUCAGCAGAGAUGCGUCUGAUGGACCAUGAGGUGGAGACUCACAGUCUUAUGCAGGAGUGGCAGUCACGGUUGGCUGAGAGUGAACAGCGUAUCCGUCAGCAGCAGGCAGAGAAAGAUGAUCAGAUGAAGUCAAUUAUAGAGAGGUUGGUGACGAUAGAGGAGGAGCUGCGUAAAGAACAAGCUGAGAUGCAGAAGGUGGUGCACGAGAAGCAGCACGUCAUUGAAGUGCAAGAACAGCGCAUCAGAACUCUGGACAACGCCAAUGCCAAGCUCUUGCAGGCUCUUGCUGAACUCAAAGAGCAUGCAAGCGUCACGUCCAUUGCAACUACCACUCCCAAUCGAGGCAGCUCCACCCUCGACCGGCGCUCCAGCAACAAUGCUGCAGCAGCCACGCGCAAUGGCAUGAUGGCGCCCAUGCGACAGAAAUUCACUGCCUCUGAUCUCAGUGGCUUCAAGAGCAGCACUUGCUGAGGACCGUGUGUACGAGGGACAGGAGGUUGCCUCACCAUGUGCUGUGGGGGAUAGUUGCAGUCCUUCUGCAGUUGUUAGGAGAAGUGGCCUUCUGUUGACUGUGUAUCGUGCAGGACAAUGUGCAGAUAUGACUGGUGUGUGAUAAGGACAGGGCUUUGGAGGCCAUGUGGAGAGACAGCACAUCCCAACCCAUCUUCCACCCACUCCCCAAAAAACAGAGGAAAAAAAAAGAUGAAACUAAAACUGAAAUUAUGGAUGUUUCUUGGGGGAGAUAGUACAUGCACGCUAUUAAUGUUUAUUUUUACCUCUUAAUUAUUGCUGUUACCACUUGGAACUUUUGUCUUUUAAAAAAUUCUAACAGAUUAACCACAAUUUAAAGGGUUGCGUCUUUAAGACUGAGCUCACAGACUGUGCUUUGAUGCUGUAUAUCAGAGGGUGACAAAGCAGAUCAUGGUGUCGCUAUGCAUGGUGUCUCACAACAUAUCCCACUCCCAAUCCUCUCCCCUUCUUAUUUCCUCUUGAUCUGUAAAAAGACUGGCCAGAUUGUAUAUAUAUGUGUCCUACAUUUCUGUGAUGACUGUUAUUUACAUGACUUCACUUGUGCACAUGGAAAAUACAGAGACCCAAUGAUGUGCCAGUAAUUUCAGGCGUAUUAUUGCACGCAUCUCUUUAUAGGCACAUUCUUAUACACUUCCUAUACACACAUCUCUUUAUAGGCAAACUAUUACACAGCUCCCUAUACACAAAUUUUGACAUAGCAAACAUUAUUGGACACCUCCUUACAUGAGCAUUUGUUACCUCCCCUAGAUCAGCACAUACACCAUGACCCCAGACUAAAAUGCAAUGUGCAUGUACGACAAGCUUCAAAUAUAUAAACACGCAGCCUUGUAGGUUACUUUUCCUCUACCUUUAAAAGAUAUCCCUUUUCGAAGCUUCAAUAUUUGAGCUAUGAGGAAGAUGGUAAUUCGUACAUAAAGAAUUUAACAUGACCAAGUUGGGUGUGGAAACAGUUUUGAUGGUACAUCCAUCACUUUCAUCGGAACAAGGUCAUUUUAGGGCAUUUUACUUACACAAUAGUUGCUUCAAGUUUACUUUGAGUGGCACCUCGUAUUUGUUUGGUUAAUUGUUCUGUAAUCAGAAGUGGUUUGAGAUUUUUAUAUUCAUUUGGGUUUGUCUUUUUGAUUGAUAUCUCAUUUUGGGAAACAAAAGCAGAUUGUGUAAUUGUAUCUCUAUGUCAGCAAGCAAGAGUCAGAAAGAGUGACAUCCCUUGAUCAAUGGAGAAAUUUGUUUUACUCCCCAACCUUCCAAAAACAAUCCUUACACAUUUUGUUCCAUGGUACACCAGUAGCCUCAUCUUUAUUUUGAAAUUCUUGAAAGCGUGCAGGCUAUUUCUCACCUUAGAUGGCUGCACCAUGAAAUAUAGAAAAGGAGGUGGCUUUACUAGUAAUAGAAGGUAACCGACUGUAGUAACAGAUGAUGAUUAGAUACAUAAACAGAAGGUACUGGUAAAUUCUUUUGCUAUUUUGAUGUACCAUUAAGUUCUGGACUCGACUGACAGUAAUACUGUUUUGUCAGUGUUUCACACACUCCUGUUAUUUUCUCACAACAUCUUUUCACCUUUGCAAUCCACUGUGCCACAGCUCUAUCAGUCUCUACCUUGCCAGCACAAGACUUCAUGUUUGAGUAUGGAUAUGUAUGUUUUGGUGAGUGAGAGACAGCGUGAGUAGUGUUACUGUCUUCCACGUACUUCUGGUGACAGUAUGGUGUACAGUAUAUGGUGUAGAACUGCUGAAAUGUGCAGGCUUGCCCAAAUGUCUGAAGACUACUGAGUAGGUUUAUGUGAGCACAGAAUAACAGGAAUGUUCUGCAGAUAUUUGUGGAAAUGUGUCAUUCGUUUGUUAGUUUUAUUUCUUUUUUCUGUAACUCUGCUGCAAGAGAUGCCUAUGAAAUUUCAAGCUGACCUUCAAACUGCUGCCUUAGUGAUGCUCACUGUGUUUGAUUUUGUAGACCAGUCACAAUGCAGCUGACAAAAUGUCUUCUCUAAAACAGUCAUGCCAUGCUUUGUGCAAUGAGAUGCCUGGCCUGACUUGUUUUGACAAGAGUUUUGAUAUUUCUGACGCUAGGAGUAGUAAGAGCACAAACCACUUAUAUUCCAUUUACUGAUAUGCUCAAGUACAAAAAUUCUUUACUUAUUUUUACACCAGCCUCACUAAUUUAUUUAAAUUUUUUAUUAGAAUGCAGCGUUCAAGAAAAUUUCCCUGAGACUGCAGGGUUUGUUUCUUUUUGUUGGUUUUUUUUUUACUGUUUUGGGUUUUACUCCAUUCAGUUUUGAUCAUAGUAUGUUCCACAAGCUUGCCAACUUAAACGAAAGGCACAAAGUGGUAUAUUUUUUUAUUUUUAAACAGAGUGUAUUUUGAACUACAGAUCAUGUACAAGAUUUUUCAAUCUUCUCUGUUACUAUCUAUAAAUAAAUAACGCUGCUUGUGGAACGAAGAAAGCAAGAACAAAAAAGCAUUUUUGAAACUCAAAGCGAAGGGGAUAUUCAGGGACUGGGCAAGUUUCUAUGUUCUUCACUGCAUAACCUUUGUGUAUAUAAACUGGAACAGUUCAUAUAUUUUCUGUUGUGGGUCAUAAUAUAUUACUGCAGUGUAGGCGAUACUUUGAGUUCUGGGAUUUGAACAUAAAUGGAGUACAGAAAAAUGAGAAGUUAGCUGUUUGACAAUGGUGCUCGGGGCUGGCUCUGACAUCAGGGUCUGGCUUCUAUUUCUACAAUUGUUCAGGGAUUGGGCAAAUGCUUGUUGACAUAACUAUGAAGUGCAAUAUUUCCCCAUGUUCCAGUUUAGAUUAGCAAGCAUCUGAUCAACUUUGUUACCAUUUUAAAGAUGCGCAUAUUUUAUUUCAACUACAUUAUUUGUUUGUUGCAUGCUGUUUUGUGAAUAACCGUCUCCUUGCUUUCAGUGAGCUGGUGAAGUGACUUUACUCAUCCGAUUGAUCUGAAUAUAGUGUGUGACUAUUUAUCUAGUUUUGUACAUUGAGAAACUCAACCAGCAUUUAGUAAUAUUGUGUACAGUAGCUGACUUUAGUGUGCUUUCACUCAACAUCCAUCAUUUCUAAAACAUCUUAGUGUUCAGGCAUUGGUGCUUUGUUUGUUUUUUUAGGAACCUUGUUGAUGGAUGUCUGCAAACGUGUUUUGAGUUGUGUCUUAGUGCUUUGUUGCUGCUUUGUGUGUCAUGCUGCCAGACAUAGAGUUGGCAAAGAGAGAUACUAGGGUGUUGGUGCAUGACUUCACUGUCAGUGUUUGUUUUCACAAGUUUUUGCCAUGUUAAAAUACUUAAUUAAAUAUGUCUGUAGUUUGAGGAAAUAUUCUGAAGCAGAGACAGCAGAUAUGAUGCCAUCUAGCUAAGGUAAUUGUAUGUUUGGCAUACACAAGCAAGAUAAACGGCAAAAUCUGGUGUGCGUCUGUUGUUUCCAGCCAAGAUGUGGGCAUGGGGGGGUUGUCUUCCUUCCUGUCUAGUUCACAAGUCUGGCACCGGCUCGUGUAGAGCUGUGAGCACAGUGCGCUGCCUGCAGACACAAGGUACACAGGGUGAGCAGCAUGGCAAGGAUAUCAGUGAAGUCAGAACAAUUCUGUGCUUUGUAAGUACUGCUCGGCAGGUUCUUUCCUUUAAGGAUGAUAAAUGUUUCGGAGGGUGAAUUUCCAUAUUUACAGUUUGUCAGGCCCUGUACCUUGCCUUGCUCAGUGUCCUUGCAGACAUAGUUCACACAGGGAGAAUUUCGUGAUUCUGUUUGAAAAUGUCAGACUUUUUGUGAUGUGCGUGCGUGUGUGUGUGUGUAAACGAGUGCAAGAGCAAGUGGGGGUCACAACUGCCAUUACAGUGUUCAUACUGUGUAUUUGUUCAUGCCAUUACAGUGUUCAUAUUGUGUACUUGUUCAAGGCAUUUUGAAAGCCAAGCACAAGCGUAGACAGAAGAUGGAUGUGGCAAGAACUGUGUUAGUGGUGUGUGUGUGUUGAGACCAAUUGGUGAUUGUGCCACAUUGUACUUAGAUGUCUGCAUCUCUCCGCGCCAUGCUGCAGCUUUGUUCAUGUGAACCAGCCUGACCUGUCCUGAUGAUUGAUACAGUAUGGGUCAUCUGCGACAUAACAGCAAUGAUUGAUGUCAUGUGAUCAUCUAGGAUAGGGUUCUUGACAGUGUGGCCCAAGCUUACAGAGCUUUGUCAAGGCUUGUCUGUAAUGCUGUGAGCAGUGUGUGCUGCAGGAGGCUGGGCGGAUGGAUGCAGACAGCCAGUUGUAACCGACACACAGCAUUCACGCUGCUCGGGACUGGAAUAAUAAAAGACGAGAAAGAAU